ACGAUGCCGUUAGGUCCCGUAACGUGUGGUUGGUUAGGGCUUGGAGGGCCCGUCUUCAACCAUUUUCUGAUUGGAGCGGCAGCUCGGAGGGAUUUUUUACAUGUAUUCUGCGCCGAAACAGUUGGAAAAUCCCAAUCCCUUUUCUGUAUACUUUCUUUGGGGGCACAAAGGCAGAACUUGUUUGUUCUCUUGAAGAUUAAGCAUGCCAUUUGAGGACUCCAAGUCAGUGAAAAAGGAGGAACCCGAAGACGAUAAUGAGGACCUCAAAAGCCUGAGUUCGAUGGCGGAGAAUCGUAAGAAGAAAUCCGCGAGUAAUAGCAACAAUGCUGCUGUUUCUAACUCGAAAUCGCGUCCCAAAGAAGCCAAAGUGAAGAAAGAAGAUCCCGUAGAGACUGAUGAUGAAGACGAAAAACCCAUCUCUAAAAGGAGCUCCGCUACUAAAGCAACCAAGCCCAAGAAGGAAGAGAGCGACGAUGAAGACGAAAAACCCAUCUCCAAAAGGAGCUCCGCUACUAAAGCAGAUAAGGAAAGGGAGAUGAAGAAAAAGAAGAAAAAGGGGGAAGAAAAGAAAGCGGCUGCUGGGAAGGAAGUGAAGCGGGAGAAGAAGGUUUAUGAUUUGCCUGGUCAGAAGAGGGAUCCUCCUGAGGAGAGGGAUCCACUGCGGAUAUUUUAUGAAACAAUGUACCAGCAAAUUCCCCAUAGUGAAAUGGCACAAUUCUGGAUGAUGGAGUCUGGUUUGCUCCCCUUAGCAGAAGCAAAGAAAGUCUUCGAAAAGAAACAGAAGAAGAUUAAGCAGCAAAAGCUGAGUUCCCCAAUGAAACCUGGUUCAGCUGUAAAGAGUAGUACAGGAUCCGUCACCGUUAAGAGAACUCCUAUGGUCUCCCCGGGUUCUUCGAAUAAAAAGAAAACAGAUUCCAAGGUUGCCCCAAAGCAGACUAAGAAACGCAAGGCCGAAGAAAGCGAAAGCUCUGAUGAUGAUUUUGAGAAUACUUUGGUCAGUAGAAUGAAGAAACAGAAAGCAAACUAAUUUUGAUUUCCACCAUAACUGAUUGUUUCUAGUUUGUUCUGUUGUGGUACUUUUUAACUCAUUUGAUUAGUUGUACCAAUACUAAUUGAAUCCGGGCCUGAUUGAACUGAUCUUAAAUGAUCAUUGCAUUGUUUAGUGAACAUUCAAUGGAAGACUGGAAGUGUUCAAAAUC